CCCACCGUUCCUCUGGCCGCCCCACCUGCUGCGCGCGGGGACUCGGAGGAAUCGCGCGGCGAGUGGAUGCGGGAGCAAUGGACAGCGGCGCACUGCUCCGGCCCGCGCCCCCCGUGCCUGGUGUCUCCGGCGGCUGCGCCGCUCGGCGGCGACCCACAUCCCCACCGCUGCUGCGCUGCAGCCGGCGGCGACGGCCCGGCGCAUCGGAGACCGGGGGCGGCGCGGCGGCUGUGGCGCGGCGCAAUGAGCGCGAGCGCAACCGCGUGAAGCUGGUGAACUUGGGGUUCCAGGCGCUGCGGCAGCACGUGCCGCACGGCGGCGCCAGCAAGAAGCUGAGUAAGGUGGAGACACUGCGCUCAGCCGUGGAGUACAUCCGCGCGUUGCAACGCCUGCUGGCGGAGCACGAUGCCGUGCGCGCCGCGCUGGCCGAGGGGCUGCUGGCACCAACAGCCGCGCGGCCCCCCGCAUCCAGCGGGCCUCCCGGGAUCCCCGCCGCCGCCGCCGCCGCCGCCGCCGCCGCCUCGCCUUCCUGCGCCUCGUCGUCCCCGGGCCGCGGGGGCAGCUCGGAGCCCGGUUCGCCGCGCUCCGCCUACUCCUUGGACGACAGCGGCUGCGAGGGCGCGCUUAGCCCCGUGGAGCGCGAGCUGCUCGACUUCUCCAGCUGGUUAGGGGGCUACUGAGCGCCCUGUCCCCGAGCAGCCGAAGCCCUGGACACCGAGCGGCCAGCGCGCUCAUCACCUAGGAGCAAAGUGGGCCGCCCGCGCCUCGGGCCCACCGUCCCGGCGGGCGAAGCCACCACCGAGCCUGGUCUCUGCCGACGGUCCCCCCCGUGCGGCCCAGCCUGACCAAGUGCCGCUGGGGAAACGGUCCCCGGCCUGAACCUGCCCCGCUGGCAGCAGCUUCCUCAGACCCAGACCACCCUUCCCCGAGAGGUUCUCCACCCGGAUGGGGCCAGGGCACCAACACCGAGAAGUUUGAACGGGAGAGGAUUUUAUAAAGGACACAGAACAUCGAUCUUUUUACACAUUCGUUUGAACUGCCCAGGGAUACCGGUAAUAUGAAGACUUAUUUUUGUAUACAAAAUUCCUUAGACUCUGAACACAAUAAAGAUUGUCUACCCCA